AUGCAAACUUCAAAUGCAUCCCAAGCUUACCUGAAGAAUGGGACCUCCAGCCCCAGCCCUUUUGAUGGGCCGCAAUGGCCCUACCUGGCCUCACAAAACAUCUAUAGAGCAGUGGCUGUGCUUAUGGGGCUGGUGGCAGUCUCGGCAUCCCUAGUGAACGGGCUCGUCAUUGUGGUCUCCAUCCGGUUCAAAAAACUCCGCUCCCCUUUGAACUACAUCUUGGUGAACUUAGCCGCGGCUGACCUCCUUGUCACCUUCUUUGGCAGCACCAUCAGCUUUGCCAAUAAUACUGUCGGCUUCUUCAUGUUUGGCAAGACGGCAUGCCAGUUUGAAGGAUUCAUGGUCUCCUUAACAGGUAUUGUGGGCCUUUGGUCCUUGGCAAUCUUGGCCUUCGAGAGGUACCUUGUAAUCUGCAAACCAGUGGGUGAUUUCCGGUUCCAGCAAAGGCAUGCAGUGAUUGGCUGCCUUUACACAUGGGUGUGGUCAUUAGUUUGGACAGUUCCCCCACUGUUUGGCUGGAGCAGCUAUGUCCCAGAAGGCUUAGGAACGUCCUGCGGACCAAACUGGUACAUGGGCGGUGCCAACAAUAACAGCUACAUCCUGGCAUUGUUUGUGAUGUGCUUUGCUCUGCCUCUCAGCAUGAUCCUCUUCUCCUACGUCAAUUUACUUUUGACAUUGCGAGCAGUAGCAGCUCAGCAGAAAGAACAAGGGACAACGCAGCGUGCUGAGCGGGAGGUGACCCGGAUGGUCAUUGCUAUGGUGAUGGCCUUUCUCAUCUGCUGGCUGCCCUAUGCCACUUUUGCCAUGGUUGUUGCCACAGCCAAGGAUGUCUCUAUCCAGCCGGCACUAGCCUCUCUGCCAUCCUAUUUCUCCAAGACUGCCACGGUGUACAACCCCAUCAUUUACGUCUUCAUGAACAAACAGUUCCGCAGCUGCCUCCUCAACACAAUGAGCUGUGGCCGUGUCCCGCUGGCAGCACAGGAAAUGACUCCAGCUGCGAUUGCUGUUCAUGGGAGCUUUGCCUUGACCUCAAAAGGGAGUGGAAAUAAGGUGACCCCUACCUAA